AUGGAUUUAUAUGAUGAGCUGCCUCAUAGUGAAUUAUUGUCUGACCCGGAAUUCACCCAAUUGUUACAAUCAACAAGACAUAACCAACUUACUGUUGUAGAUUUCAUAACUUUAAAUACAAGAGAAUUGGCAAGAGUUUCACAAAGAUCUAUUACAGAAAUAAAUAAAUUUCGAAAUUUAAUCCUAAAGGAAUUUGAAGAUCAAUAUAAUGAACUAACUCAGCCAAAGCCGAUUCGAAUAUUGGAUAGCACUGAUAGCACUGAGACGUACAGGCAAGGAAAUGGCCAAGAUGGGUGUAGUCCAGUCUGUUUCACAACAGGCGAUGUUACUAUUGACGAAUCAUUGGGUGGUGGUAUAUUCUUAGGUAAUAUAACAGAAAUCUUUGGAGAAAGCUCUACUGGUAAAUCUCAAUUAUUAAUGCAAUUAUGUUUAAGCGUCCAGCUACCUAAGUCUAUGGGAGGGUUAGAAAGUAAAUGCGUUUAUAUAACUACAGAAGGUGAUUUACCAACAACCAGGCUAGAAGGGAUCUUGGAUGCAAGACCAGAACUUAAAAAACACGGUGUUUCUCAGCAUAAUAUAUUUACUGUUAGCUGUAAUGAUUUAAUUACUCAAGAACAUAUUUUAAAUGUUCAGUUGCCUGUUCUCUUGGAACAAAAUGAAUCAAAAAUCAAAUUGAUAAUCAUAGAUUCAAUUUCUCAUCAUAUGAGGGUAGAGCUACAAACUAACUCUAUAAAGGCGUCCCGAAAUAACAGAUAUUAUGUCGAACAAAUGGCCGAAAGAUUAUUACACAUUGCGGAUAAACAUUCGUUAGCAAUUGUAGUAGCAAAUCAGGUGAGUGACAAACCUAUGGCGGAAAAACAAACAAGAUAUCACCAAACCAUUAUGGAUUAUGAGUACCAACUUGGUUGGGUUGUUGGUUGGAAGGACUCCACUAUAUUAUAUCGUCAAAAGAGUGUGGAACUACCAAAUGAUAAUAAUAUAAAUCGCAAUCAUGAAAGUAUUUUAUCCGAUGAUGAAGAUAGCAUAUUAAUUGAAACGGAAUUAAAUAAAGUUGCGACAACUAAUAAUUCGAAAGCAGUCCAGCCUAGUCGACAAUUGGUACUGAACGAUAACUUGGAUGUAGAUACUUUGAAUAGCAGGUAUACUAAUGUUGAUAGAAAACAAAACUCGACGUCAUAUCUUAUUAAAAAAAAACCGUACAAGAAGAAAAUCGACACUAGAGUACCAAAUUUGGGACUCUCGUGGGCAAAUCAUGUAUCCACGAGGAUAUUGCUAAGAAAAACUUAUAUGGCAUCACCAAUGAUAAAAAGAGGAGACCUUAAGUAUUAUGAUGGAACUGAUACAAGUAAAUUUUGGCAAGCAAGACGAACAUUGAAAGUUGUUUUUUCAUCUUUCUGUAAGCCUGGCGAAGUCGCUUUCAUAAUCAGUAAGAAAGGUAUUGAAUCGGUUGGUGAUUAA